ACUUCCGUACGCGCUUUCCACCCCUUAACCGCCACAACUGUACAAUCUAGUUAACACAUCUGUAUAUAUACCCAGAGAUUUCUCCACCUUUCUAUCAUCUCAUCUUGUCCCUAUAAGAGCUUUCUUUUUCUCUUUGAUACAUUAAACUUCCCACACCAUAAUAGGUUUCAAAAUCUCUCCAUAAUCUCAAAUUACAAGCUUUUAGUGUGAUCCAAAUCUUCACACUGGAGUUGAAGCAAGACUUUAAGGCGAUCAAUCAAAGAUUACACGCUUUUUGUGUGCUUCGAUUUUCACACGAUAGCUGAAGCAAGAUUUUAAGGUGAUCGGUCAAAAUAACAGCUUCUUCGUAUUGCAGAAAUAAAAAAGUUUCAAACUUUAACUUCGGGUAGUGUCAAAGGUUUUGUCUUUUGCCAUGGAGACGCUCAAAAAGUCACCUUCAUCUUCUUCGACAAAAAAGUCUGCGUUUUCAAGGUUUUGCAGUAAGUUAUCAGUGAAGAAGGGCAAGAAAGAGGAGGAGGAGGAAAGGAUAAUCAAGAAUGCUUCUUCUUCUGAUGAAGAAGCUGAAGCAUCAUCUUCAUCAAGAAAAGGGAAGAACAGUAGUGAGUGUUUGGAGAGAGUUUUCACAUACUUUGAUUCGGACGGGGACGGGAGGGUGUCGCCGGCGGAGCUGCAGAGGGGGGUGAGGGCGGUGGGCGGCGAGCUGUCGGCGGAGGAGGCGGAGAUGGCGGUUAGGCUGUCGGAUUCCGACGGAGAUGGGUUGUUAGGGCUGGAAGAUUUUGCCAAGUUGAUGGAGGGGAAGGGCGUAGAAGAGGAGAGGAAAGAAGGGGAAUUAAUGGAAGCUUUUAAGAUGUAUGAAAUGGAGGGGACAGGGGAGAUUACUCCUAAGAGCUUGAAGAGGAUGUUGGGGAGGCUUGGGGAAUCGGCCACCACAGAAAGGUGUAAAGCCAUGAUCAUGAGAUUCGACAUUAAUGGCGAUGGAGUGCUCAGCUUCGAGGAGUUUAAGGUUAUGAUGAUGCAGCAGCAAGCUUAGAGCAUAUAUGCAGUGAAUUGAAGUUGAAUUGAUUCCAUUACACUUUACACAUUAUGUUUGUUCGUUCUUGUACAUAUAUAUGUACACCAAUAAAUUAAACUUAGGCUCAUUGGCCUUCAUUAUAUUGUUGAUUGGUUUAUUCUUUGCUGAAUAAUUUUGUUUGGUUCA